AUGGGUCACUAUAGGUCGCCAUGGGUCCCUAUGGGUCGCUGUCACGGGCGGCUCGCGCUGGGGGGGCGGGGCUGCUCGCGGGGCGUGGGCGGGGCCUCGUCGCGGGCCCUCCCCCUGGGCGGCCUGGCCCUCUUCGUGCAGCGGCGGCAGUGCGAGGAGGGGAGGGGCUGCAACCGGGAGCUGCCCCUCGGCACCGACAGCGCCCUGCCCCUGCCCGCAGACAAUGGCAGCUCCCAGGCCCCCAAUGGGCUGCGCUGCUUCGGCUGCCCCCAGGAGGGGCCCUGCCAGCCGACCACCAUCGUCUCCUGCUACGGAGACCUCCGCGGCUGCUUCCACGGCAACCUCAGCCUCAGCCUGGGCGGCGCCACGGUGUGGCGGGAGGUGCGGGGCUGCACGCGGGACCCCACGUGCCGGGGGGAGCGGCGCGGGGACGAGGUGGUGACGCUGAUUGGCUCCUGCUGCGGGGAGGACCUCUGCAACCGCCACCUGCUCGGCCCCGCCUUCUUCGACCCUGAUUGGCCGCGCCUGGAGCUCCUCCCCCACGGCCACGCCCCGCACAACGCCUCCAAGGCGGCCGCCGGCCCCGCCCCCACCCCUCCGGGGGGAUCGGGCGGGGUCGGCGCCACGCCCGAGGUGGCCGCCGGCACCGCCCCCGCCCCUCGCGGGAGAUCGGGCGGGGUCAACGCCACAUCCAAGAUGGCCGCCGGCACCGCCCGCGCGCCCGGCGGCGCGGAGGUCACACCCAAGAUGGCCGCCGGCGCCACCCCCACCCCUCCGGGAGACCUCAAGGGAGUCGGCGCCACACCCAAGAUGGCCGCCGAGAGGGGCAAGGCGGACGUCCCGGCGGCCGGGGGCGGCGGUGACGUCACGAGGGGCGGCGGUGACGUCACGGAGGGCGGCUCCGACCCCAAGGCGGCCGCCAGGGACAGGAUGGCCGCGGGGCGCUCGGCCGCGGGGCGCCCCCUGGAGGGCAAGCAGGGAACCAAGGGCCCCUGCCUCCCAGCGCCGCUCCCUCCCUCGCGCGUGCCCGCUGCGGGUGGGCGUGGCCGAUGUGCGGAGGGCGUGGCCGCGGCUGCGUCCUCGCGUCAUCUCCCGGCGGGUUUGCGGGCGGAGCUGGGGGGGAGGGCGAGGGGGCGGAGCCGCUCGGGGUCGGCCCCUCCCCCCCGCCCCGCGCGCAUGCGCGCGGCGGCGGCGGCAGCGGCGGGCCGGGCGCGAGCGGCUCCGCGGCGGGCGGCCAUGAUGGCGGACGGGAGGCGGCCGGGGGAGGCCGGCGGCAGCGAGGACGGAGCCUUCGAGGAGGAGGAGGAGGAGGAAGAGGAGGAGGAAGAGGAGGAUGAGGACGAGGAAGAGGAGGAGGAAGAGGAGGAUGAAGGAGCCUCGCCCGGUGUUCGGCUGCUGCCCGAGGAGGAGGAGGACUCGGAGGCCACUUCGGUGUCAUCAGGGGACAGCGGCCCCCCGACGCCCCCAGCCAAUGGCUGCGCAGGCUCUCGGCCCCGCCCCUCGGAGGACCUUCGCGCCCACCCGGACCAGGGCGUGGCCACCCUGGGCGUGGUCAGCCUAGGGCGUGGGGGGGGAGUCGGAGUCGGAGUCGGGGACAGCCCCCCCCCCUCACCACCACCACCUCUCCCUGGCCCACCCCCCUUCCUCCAGGGGCGUGGCCGGGGGGGCGGGGCGCCGGGGGGGCUCCUGGGCGGCCGAUUGGCCGCACCAGUGCCCCGAGUGCGGGCGCGGCUUCGGCACCUCCCGCGCCCUCAAGGUGCACCGCAGCUACCACGGGAGGAAGAGGCCUCCCCCGGGGGUGGGAGUGGGGGGUCUCGGGGUAGGGGGGGGGCGCGGGGGAGGAGGAGGCCACGCCCACCACGCCCCGCCCCACCCCCCGCGCCCCUCCCCCUUCCACUACAUCUGCGCCGAGUGCGGGCUGGGCUUCGGGGCGCCGGCGGCGCUGGGGGCUCACCGCUGCGAGCACGGCCGCCGGCGCCGCCACCCCGCCAGCCCCCCCCCCCAGCCCUCGGGGGGCGGGGGAGGGGCUGGGGGACCUCCCCCCGCCCAAAGGAGGCCUCCCCCUCCCAGCCCCUCCCCCCCCCCCGCCCCCUCCCCCUCCCCCUGCCUACCGCUGCACCGAGUGCGCCGGAGCCUUCGGGCUGCUGGCCGAGCUCCACGAGCACUACAUGGGGCACGCCCGGGGGGAGCUCUAGGGGGCGCUGGAGGGGGGGGAUGGGAGGCCCCGCCCCACCAUAG